AUGACGUGGAUCAUAACCAGAGACGAAUGGCAUAGCCUGUUUGAUGUCUAUCUUCGGGAGAUGCACUGCUUGUACGGGUUCCUGGACACUGAAACCGUUCUCUCCAAAGCGUCCAGGAGAUGGCAAGAUCCCCAUGCAACCAAUGCAUACGACCACGUUCUUUGCGGAAUUGCAGCACUCGCGACGCUCUUCUCCCCCGAAAGAACAGACAACUGCGAAGGUCUGCUUGUGAAUUGUGCAAAAGAGAUUCUGGAAUCGACAAGUCUUCUGAGAGACCCGACCGUCCACGACGCAGAAGCAUGGCUGUUGAGGACUCUUUACUUGCAAUGCAACAGCCCCCCGCACGCAGCGUGGAUGGCCAGCUGUACCACGAUGCACAUCAUCGAGGCUGCUGGUCUGCACAGGGAGUCAGCCGGUGUGUCACUGGUCUACUCGGACGCCGAACCAUCAGAGCAUGAUGUAGAGAGAAGGAGAAGGCUCUUUUGGGUGGCUAAGCUGUUGAAGUCAUGGAUCAGUUUUGAGUAUGGUCGAUCAAGAGUUUCUCUGCAAGGGGCAUCCUGCCAAUUGCCAACCCCAGUCUCAGGAGACUUCACCACAGAUCUUAUAGACAUGUUUCGGCUCUCCGAGGUCCUCGAUCCGUCAAAACCAAGCGAACCAUCGGAACUGGAAAACUGCCUGAUGCAAGUAGCAGGCUUUCAGUUCACACUGAAUCCGCUUGUCCUUUCACAGAGCAAUCUGUGCUUCACUCUCUACCGACGACUACGUCUUGCGACUACCAACGUCAAAAGCAAGCUCCUAGAACAGGUCAUUGCCGUCGGUCGCAAAGGCCUCGAAGCUUCAAUCGAGCGACACGAAGCAACGUGCCCUGGUGGCACGUAUCGAACGUCCCUUUCCAAUUUGCCUGCAUCCUUCUGGCAAUGGAUACGCAAGAGUCACUCUCACACGUUCGUCAAGCGAGAUUGA